CGGCUUUACCGUUUCGUGGCAAAAAGCAGAAGGAGAAAAAUAUCGUCUUCGUUGCGCGCCGGACGGAGCAUCGUUCAGUAACAAUCUGUUCGUGAUCGUGAAUAGCAGCAGUAGGCUAAGGAACUAGAACACAAUAUGCGUGCAGCAACGUCGCUGGGUUUGGCAGUGCUUGUCGCCGGAAUUGCCCUGGUGGCAUCCAAGGUGGAAGUCAAAACCGAGGAAGAGGUGUUAGUACUUACGAAAGAUAACUUCCAGUCGGUGAUCGACGAGAACGAAUAUGUUCUGGUAGAAUUCUAUGCUCCUUGGUGUGGACACUGUAAGGCACUCGCUCCCGAGUAUGCCAAGGCUGCUAAAGCUCUGGUAGAGAAGGACUCCAAAAUCAAACUUGCUAAGGUGGAUGCCACCGAAGAGCAGGAAUUGGCCGAAAAAUUCGCAGUUCGGGGAUACCCGACGUUGAAGUUCUUCCGCAGUGGUACACCAAUUGAGUACAAUGGUGGUCGCGAAAAGGAUACAAUUAUUUCGUGGCUGGAGAAAAAAACCGGCCCAGCUGCCAAGGAGUUAGAAGCCGUUACGGACGCUGAAGAAUUCCUAAAAGAGUUCCCCGUAGUCGUGGUUGGUUUCUUCAAGGAUCGUGAAUCUGCCGAAGCUAAAGCUUUCCUAGCCACUGCAAAUGCUGUCGAUGACUACCCAUUCGCUAUCACAUCCAGCGACGACGUAUACAGUAAAUACGAAGCCAAGUGCGGUUCAAUUGUACUGUUCAAGCACUUCGAUGAAGGAAAGGCCGUAUUUGAAGGUGAAGUAAACGAGGAGGCUUUGAAAAAAUUCAUCUCCGCAGAAUCACUUCCGCUGAUUGUCGACUUUAGUCACGAAACUGCCCAAAAAAUCUUCGGCGGUGACAUCAAGAACCAUUUGCUAUUCUUCGUUUCGAAAGAGGCUGGCCAUUUGGAGAAGUAUAUUAACGAUGCAGCUAAAGCUGUUGCCAAAAAAUUCCGAGACAGAAUUUUGUUCGUCACCAUCGAUGCUGACCAGGAAGAUCAUCAGCGCAUCUUGGAGUUCUUCGGAAUGAAGAAGGAUGAAGUACCGUCGAUGCGUAUCAUCCACUUGGAACAAGAAAUGGCUAAAUACAAGCCAGAAACCAAUGACCUGUCCCCCGAAAAGGUGGAGGAAUUCGUACAAAACUUCUUUGAUGGCAAGGUGAAGCAGCAUCUCUUGACGCAGGAUCUGCCAGAAGAUUGGGACAAAAAUCCAGUUAAAGUGCUGGUUUCCACCAAAUUUGAUGAAGUUGCUCUGGAUCCCACAAAGGAUGUACUGGUUGAGUUCUACGCUCCGUGGUGCGGACACUGCAAACAGCUUGUGCCUAUCUAUGACAAACUUGGCGAAAAAUACGCCGAUUCAGAAACGGUCGUCAUCGCCAAAAUCGAUGCUACCGCCAACGAGCUGGAGCACACCAAAAUCAAUUCGUUCCCAACCAUCUAUCUGUACCGAAAGGGAGACAACAAGAAGGUUGAGUUCAAGGGAGAGCGCACUCUGGAGGGACUUUCUGAUUUCCUAGAUGGCAAGGAUGCUGGGGAAAACGAGGUGAACGAAGACACUGAAGAAGAGGAGAAACCCACAAAGGAUGAACUGUAAAGUGGUGCAGAAAAAAGGAGCAAAAAAGACCGAUAAAAAAGAUCGUCAACUAAUUUGGACAGCACAGCCGUUUGCUCUGCAAAACACAACAAACAAACAAGCAGAACAGCCGCAAAAUUCACUCAUUCAGAUAACCAAUCUAGCGGAAUCGUUAGAAACCCCUAACAAAAUGAAUUGUAAAAUAGUCACAAUUUUGUUCAAUACCUCCCUUUUGCUUGCCCCUUGCUGAUAAACACGUAGAGGCGAGAGACCGUAGAAAUUCCAAUUUGCAAGAGACUGUUUUAUAGUAAUUUGUGCUGUCUGGGAAAUACCAGCGAAAACCCACGAGGGGUAUGAAUUGAAAUUAUCAUAGGCAUGUUCUUUUUCCAUCAACAACAAACAACAACUUAAAAAGAACAAAGAAUGGUUCUAAAAUGAUGAGGUUAGGCUAAACAGAGAUGCAUUUUUAAAUGUUAUAUUAACAUUAAAGAAUAAAACAAGUGAAAAACAGAAACGCAUUACUUGUUUGGUUCUAAAGGCUUCCAGAGAUUAAAUCAUUCAACAGAGAAUGUCAUCGGUUUUAACCGGCCGGUUUUGGGUUGUAGUCGCUGAUUAUCGUUUGCAUGCAACUAACGGGCAAAUUUCAGUUUUAGCACAAAAAAUAGGAAGGUUUUAUAAUUUUGUGAGUGUGAUUUUUUCAGAUGUUAACAGGAAGUCUAUGGAUUUGAAAAGAAGAAUAAUAAAAAGAGUUAACUAAUGUAA